GCGCCAAAAAAGAAAAAGAAGAAGAUUGAAAAGUAUAAGUAUAAUAAAUAAAUGAUUUUAAGAAGAGAUUCAGUAACGGCUUGAACAAUACGACGGCUCGACGGAAACUACUUUGGCCACUUAACAACGUGAACGACGAUUCGACCACCAACUGAUUCGCGACUCAGUAAACGUGAGGAGUAAACGUGAAGAUUUUACCACAAAUUAUUACAAUAAAGAAUUUGAACUUUGAGUAAAGAAUUUGAAACAUUGGCGUCCCUUGCGGGGAAUCUACGGCCUCUGAUGUAAAGCAUAAAGUGAAAAGACAGUUCGCUUUAGAAGCGGCGAAUUUAUAUCGAACAAAGUAAGGAACAAAGUCUACAUUGCCGAAAAAAUCAAACAUCUGUGCCUUACCAAACUCGGUUGAAUUCUCCACAAAAGUUGUUUGCCACGUGUAAUAUCAGUAGCUAACCUAACUUCGCGCAGAUAGAUACAUGCAUACAUUACAUCUCAUAGAAUCGCUGCUGUCAAAACUGCCCUGAGAACUUCCAACUUAAUAGUCUCCAUAAUUUGCAUACAGCGGCUUUAAAACUUUUAUCUGGUAUCUCACUGCUUUUUGACAUUCCAAUUAGCAAUGGAGAGAAAUUAUAAGCAGCUGAUGACAAACAAAUUGGCAAUUGUCAAUUUCGCAUCGAAUUCUAGGAAGACGGCGAAAAGUAAACACAUAAAAGGAUUUUUGCAAGCUAGGAAGUUAUUGUUGGAACAGUACUGGAAUAAGUUCACAGAGAUUCAUGAACAAAUAAUUUGCGAAUCGACUGAAGAACAGCGCGCUGCUGCCGAGUUUGCUGAUGAUUACGAAAUCGGAGAACUUACGUACGCUGAGAUGAUGGGUGACCUGAAUGAUAUUUAAGAGACGUCAGCUGCGCCCCAACAAAUGUCAACUUCAACAUCGCCACCUAUUCAGCACGUCGCCCAAGCGUGCACUAAAACAUCUUGACCGUCCCGUCGAGCUAUGGGACGACUGAUAAAUUUUUAUAAUCGUUCAUAAUUUGGGCCCUAUCACUAGAAAAGCAUGGGAGCUUUCCCUAAAAUCCAACGACAGCAUUCCUACCUUUAAGGAACUGGAAGAGUUUCUUGCAAGCCGAACGCAGUCUCUGGAGAUAGUCCAGAGUUUCACUGAAGAUAAACACCAAACAAAGGAGACUUCGACGAGAAAAUCUAACGCCACACACGGAGUAUCGGGUUACCAUACUACAUAAACUGCCUACGGGGUGGCCAUCAGCAAUCUCAUUGUCCUUCUGAGAGGCGCUGUUACACCUGUAACGCCAAGCAUCACACCAUGUUGCAUGAUUACUUUAUUUUAAACCCGGCUACCGGAAGCACAAAGCCUGUCUCAGCACACCAUGUAACUCAGACAAAACAUAAAUGCUCUCUUCCACAAGUAGUACUAGGUACCGCAUUGGUUGACGUGCGGUCCGAACGUGGACAUACAACGGUACUUCGGGCAUUACUCGACAGUGGAGCGGAGGCAGAAUUUGUAAGUGAGUAUGCAGUCAAUUUACUAAAUUUGCCCAAAUCGAAUAUUAAAGUAUCUAUAAAUGGAGCUAACGGCGGCAGAGUCGCCACUGCAAAAGGUCUGGUCAGUUUUACCUUACAUUCUCUCAAAAAUAACUCCAACAUGCCAUGCACAGCACUCGUACUACCUCGGGUAGGCAACAUAACUCCUACGUUGAGAAUCGGAGCCAGUGAGCUGCAACAUUUUAGCGACCUGGAUUUAGCGGAUCCAAAGCUCACCAUUCCUCAAUCCAUCGACAUGACUCUUAAUGCUGAAAUUUACGCCGAAGUAUUGUUAAGUGGAAUACGUCGUAGCCGCACAAAUAACUUUAUUGCUCAAAAUACGCAGUUGGGUUGGGUUGUGUUCGGAGGUUACCACGAACAUGCACUAGUCACACCUAAGCAUACGGUUGAGUGUCACAAUGCUCAAAUUGAUAUUGAUCGAACUCUCCGCCGCUUCUGGGAGAUAGAAGAGCUGAACACAGUGGCUUGCUAUACUGAAGACGAGCGCUACGUCGAAGAGUAUUUUCAAAACACCACAUACCGAAGGAAGGACGGGCGUUACAUUGUUCGUCUGCCUGUUAAACGUGACGAAGACUUGAAGCAACUCAUCCCUACGCAACGUGACGCGGUAGUUUUUCACGAACACUUGCAAUGCAGGCUAUUUCGAAAUGCAACAAUGCGAACCAUGUAUACAGAUUUUCUACAUGAUUAUUUAUCGCAACAACAUAUGCAACUCAUCAAUAAUGACACCAGUUGCACUUCACCGGUAUGUUAUCUGCCGCAUGAUGGAGUUUGGAAGGCUUCCAGCUCAACAACGAAAUUGCGCGUCGUGUUCAACGCGUCAAAAAGAUGCAGCGCAGGUAAAUCGUUAAAUAAUUGUUUAUAUCCUGGUCCCAAAUUACAAAAUGACCUAACCGCGGUUGUGCUGAACUGGCGGCGAUAUCGGGUCGAAUUAACAGGAAGAUGUACCUCCAAAUCUUGGUAGAUGAACGAGACGCAGAACUACAACGUAUUGUGUGGAGUCCAGCUGGUCAGGAGAACCUGUCACAUUAUCGCUUAAACAGAGUUAUGUAUGGUACUAACUGCGCUCCUUAUCUGGCGAUUAAGGUAUUGCACAUGUUAGCGGCAGAUGAGCAAGACAAUUUUCCGGACGCCGCUAAGAUACUACUUCAUGAUUUUACGUUGAUGACGUAUUGACAGGAGCCGACAGCGUUGCCGAUGCCUGCAAAUGCCGGGAUGAACUCCAAACGUUACUGCAAGCAGGACGAUUCACUUUACGUAAGUGGAAUUCUAAUUCAAGUGAAACUAUCCAAACGAUCGAGCCAACUUAUCUUGAAUUAAAAGCAUCACAUGAAUUUCAAGUUGAGACCAUGCCAACACAUUGGGCUUAGUAUGGGCCACUAAAUGCGAUUGUCUGACUUAUUCGCUAAAGAUUGAUUAUACAAUUACUAUUUUCAAAAAGCGACAAUUGUUGUCUGAUGUUGCUAGGCUAUUUGAUCCACUUGGAUUUUUAGCCCCCAUCAUCAUCCGAGGCAAAAUCUUCAUUCAAAAACUCUGGCUUACCGGCCUACAGUGGAACGAGACUUUACCAGACGACCUAAAAGCGACGUGGUUAGCGUUUCGAAGCGAGCUUAAAUUGGUGCCUACGAUACAAGUUCCUCGUUGGAUCCACAUAACAAACGAUCCUGGGGCACUGAAGGAAUUUGUCUCGAAUCGAGUAAGCCAAAUUCAAGCCUUGACUGCUGUUAGCAACUGGAGAUAUGUACGAACGUCGGAUAACCCAGCUGACUGCGCCUCGCGGGGUUCGACUAUACAACAACUCAUGCGUCACCCCCUAUGGUGGAGUGGACCAGAAUGGCUGUUACGUCCCGAAACAAAUUGGCCACAACCAGCGCUUAAGAAUCCCGAUAUAAUCAUGGAAUACAAGUCCGUCCAAAUUUCCGUUGCGUAAAACGUUCAAAUUGACUGGUUUAUUUUAGAAAAUUACUCAUCGUUGGACAAACUUCUUGCUGUUCUUGUUCUUGUUGUUGCAGCGCGACGUAAGCAGCAUGAAACAGAACCGAUGUGGUUAUGGCCUGAGCGAGUCUCUGCUUUAAUGUUUUGGGUAAAAUUUGUUCAAAAUAUUGUAUUUAAGCGAGAUGGAGUAACUAUGGCAACACAAAGCACGGUCAACAAAAGCAGUACUCUCUGGAAGCUACACCCUGUACUCGAUUCUAGUGGUAUUCUACGGUGACAGUAUGUAUAUUGCGGGAAAGCUGCCGAUAUAUGGUCUUUGGGAAUAACGCUUUAUGCACUUGUUUAUGGAAACGUACCAUUUAUUGCAAACUCGAUUCCAAUUCUGUAUGAAAAGAUAAAAGCUGAUCCGCUGGCUCUUAAAGACUCUCCAAGAAUUAGUGAACAGCUAAAAGACUGUAUUUUUAAUAUACUGAACAAAAAUCCUUCCUUCAGGAUUACAUUGCAGCAGUUAAAGGAACAUACUUGGGUAACCAAAGAAGGAAGAUACUCCCUUCCCAAUGAGAGUGAGAAUUGUUGCUUGCUGAAAGUUAGUGCAGAAGACAUGAAUUCUGUCGUGCAGAGUAUUCCGAAAUUAGACACUCUCAUUUUAAUAAAAACAAUGCUUAAAAAACAUUCAUUUGGAAAUCCGUACGGAAGCGAAGGUUUAGCACAAUCAAAACCCUGUGGUAUUGAUCGUUUGGGCCACUUUACGCGGCCUGGGCGCUCAAAUUCAGCACCAGGAUCAUAUACCCAGUAAAUAGCCCUGAAUGAUGUGAAUGAAACCACCAAUUUAUCAAAACGGCAACACCGAUAGCAGCUCUACUUGUGGUUUGGAGACUUCGCUGAGGGAUGGAAGCGAUGGUGCCGAAAAUGUAGUGGGCGAAGCAACUGGAAGUGAGGCUCAGGCAUAGCUAUACAAUAAAACAAAAUUAUAAAACCCUAUUAACUGGUUAUAAUAAAUAUAAAUAAAAUUACCUGUUAUACUAUCCA